AGAUUGAACAUUUAUGUUUUUUGUGCUUUUGUAUUAAUGAUACAUCAUACUGUAUUAAAUAAACAAAUAAUUUAUAAGUUAAAAAAUUUAAACAUAUUUAAACAGUAAUAAAAUAUUUGUGAUAAAAUGGAUUUUACAAGAAAAGUCGCUUUAAUUACUGGCUCGUCUUCGGGUAUCGGCGCCGCUAUAGCAAUAAAGUUGUGGUCUUUGGGCGCAAAUGUUGUCAUCACUGGAAGGGAUGACAAUCGCAUCCAACAAGUCGUCGACAAAUGCCAGAAUCGGGACAAUCAGAGAGCACUCGGAGUGAGGACUGACUUAUUGGGGGACAAAGACAUCGAGGAAUUGGUGGCGAAGACUAUCAAAGAGUUCGGCAAAAUUGAUAUUCUGGUCAAUAACGCGGGUAUCGGCCCAACGGCCAGAUUUGGAGACUCGGCUUAUUUGGAAUCAUACGAUAGGGUUAUGAAUACAAAUGUCAGAUGUAUUCAAGUGUUGACACAAUUAGUGGUUCCAUAUCUGGAGAAAACGAGAGGCAAUAUCGUUAAUAUCUCGAGUAUUGCAUCACUUAAUCCCACACCCGAAGCUACGAGCUAUUGUAUGGCCAAAAGUGCCCUGGAUAUGUUUACUAAAUGCCUGGCACUACAGUUGGGGCCCAGAGGUAUUCGUGUGAAUAGUGUUAACCCGGCUGUCAUACGGACGCCAUUCUUCGAGACACUGACCGGCACUAAGAAUACGGAGUUAUUCCUCGAGAACCGGUGCCGAGAGUGGUAUCCAUUGGGACGUAUGGGUGAACCGGAAGACGUGGCCGAAGCCGUGGCGUUCCUGUGCUCUCCGAUCACCGCCUCAUUCAUAACCGGCCUUAUAAUGCCUGUCGACGGCGGCUCCUUUCGAGCCCCGGCCCCCAAACACUCAUAA